CGUCACAACGAGGAACAGUAAAUUAGUUUCAGCAAUUUUUUUAUCUGUCGAUUGUCCCUUGAUUCGAAGUUUGAGUUUAAAAAGCAGGGGAAAUGGCGUUGUCAAGUCAACAAGCUGAAGAUGCCAAAGUGGUGUGAGAAAAUGGCCAUCCCGGCGUGGCCUCGCUAUCGCGCUAUUUUCCGACAGCCCCGAAUGCGGCGCGGGUCGAGGGGCGGGUAGACGGGACCAGACGCUAACCGUGCAGUAUGGCGGACGAUGGAGACAGUUGGAGCUCUCCGCUCGACUCCGACGGCGGCGGCCGGGAAGCAGCGGAGGAGUCCGGAGGCGGCGGGGGGUUUAGCCUGGGCGCCGCGCUGCUCAACCUGGCGGCGUUGCUGGCCGUGCUGGCGGUAUGCGCGGCCCUCUACCGCCGCUGGGCCAGGCGAGCCGGGGCGGACGGCGCGGCCCGGGGCGACGAGGCCUCGGCGCUUCCCAAGAUGAGGCGGCGGGACUUGACACUGGAGCAGCUGCGCGAAUACGACGGGCUGCGGAACCCCCGCAUCCUCAUGGCCGUCAACAUGAAGGUGUUCGACGUGACCAGCGGGAAGAAGUUCUACGGGAAGGAGGGUCCAUAUGGGAUCUUCGCGGGUCGGGACGCGUCACGAGGUCUGGCCACCUUCUGCCUGGAGAAAGACGCCCUGAGAGACGAGUACGACGAUCUGUCCGACCUCAGCGCCGUUCAGAUGGAGAGCGUCAGAGAGUGGGAGAUGCAGUUCAUGGAGAAGUACGACUAUGUGGGUCGGCUGCUGAAGCCCGGCGACGAGCCGUCAGAGUACACGGACGAGGAGGACGUCAAAGACAUCAAGGAGCACCCCAAACACGAUUGACUGCCUCCUGACUUCCUUUCUUCUCCCCUGGGACCGCCACCUUCAUACCCCCCCUCCAUCCCCCACUUCCUCUCCACCUUCUGGAUGGGCUUCAGGAAAUCAUCAUUUUCGUUUUCGUCGUCCGGAUUGUGACAGCCUGUCAAUCAUUUCAUUCUCGGGCACACGUGUGACAGUACCAAAGGUGGAGGCAGGGCGGCGCUCUCUUCUGGUUUGUAGUCUUUGCACUACCGCUUGAUGUUUGUCAAAACCCGAUUGUAACGGGCUACCCGAUUGUGACUGCUCAUCCAUGAAACGUGCAUCACCUUCCAGCCAUGACGACCCUUUGUGUGCCGUUUAGUGCUUGAACCCCGCCCUACCAAACUUUCCGUAAAAUGCAUUAGCCGUCAUCCGGAUUUGACCCUGCGCAUGCGCGAAAUGUGUCAAGUCCUCUUCAGCCACAAUGGCAGUAUAAUUAUUUAUGUGAUAAAUUCCGACAUCCAAUACGCUAUUAUUUUCUGAAUUUAUCGCGAAUGUAUAUUUGUCGACUACCUGAUUGAGACGGAAACCUGCAUCAUUCAAACAUAAAAAUGUAUUAUUCUUCAACCGGUCAGGCAUGUAGGUUAACGAAUAAUAUUUUUCUGUCGUUCAGUCUGUGAGCUGGACUGCUGAAUAUAUUUUAUGUAAGUUUAAAGUUCAGAAAUUCCAUUUUUAUGCAUGCACAUGUGUUGUACAAAUCAGGUGUACCUCACAUGCCCUACUGGUUUAGAAUCCUAUCACGUAUAUAUUAGGGGCAGGAACCUCUGCGUAACUUUUGAUACAAUACGGUUUGCAAUACAAGGCUCAGGAUAACGAUAUCUCACAAUAUGGUGAUAUAACAAUUAACCAUACACGGGUCAGGAAAUGAAUGUCCGAAAUUUGUACGAAACUAAUAUUCAAGAGGAAAAACAAGCUAAUUGUAAAUGGUAAUAUGAACUUUAUUUUUUGCACUGUCGCAGUUAAAAAUUUUGUCUACGUCACAGACUAUGAAAAUAUUUCAGUACAACAUUUCUGUGAAUACAGCGACACUAUAUUAUUGCAACAUUCUUGUAGUGCCAUUGACGUUGUUGGACAUUAGAUUCCUUUUGACUGGGAGGGCCAAAUGAAUGUUUCAUUCGCUCCUCCCAGUCAAAAGGAAUUGAUCGUCUAGCGCUGUCAAUGGUCGGCAGUGAGUUAGGAAUUGGAGAAGUCCCGAUGCCGAUUGUUUUUGGCUUCUAAUCUGAUCACUUUUUUUUUUUUCCCCAAGGUGUUUUGCUGAUCUGAUAUCCGUAUUUUUAGACCAGUAAAAAUAAUGCAAAGAAAUGUUACCAGUAAACGACAAAAAAAAGUCGUAUUAAAGUGAGCUCUGCUGGUACCUCCUCAAGAAAUCCUCUGUUUAAAUACUGCAUUGCACAAUGCUCUGUUACUAUCAUUCUAAAACGAAGUACAUCAGUCCCAUUCAGCGGACAUGUAUGCCUAGUGGUUUAAUUUAGAGCAGCCAAAAGCAUGAUGGUACUGGCACCACGCGGUUAAGCGAUCGGAACUGAUCUUGUGACUAAAUCCAAUACUGUAACAUACCCCAAAAAUAGAUGUAUCGGGUGCUAAUACUGAGUAUCGGAUCGGGAAAUCUCUUCAAGGAAUUGCCUCAAAAAUGCUCGUGUUUUAGUGACAUUUUGUUAACAUUGACAAAUUUUGGUAUAAUGGAAAAUUUUGCUAGCAACCUGUUGGUUCCUUUGUCAAACAAUGACAUCUUUUUAAGACUAUACAUAGAUUUUUGGUGGGUGCAUAUUUAUGAACUAUUAGGAGACAAAGUAGGAUAUAUGACCACAUCGAUAUGUUGUCUCACCCCUAGUGUAUAUAGUGCCGUCACUGCUUGAGAGAAAGUGAUGCAGCAUGGUGCAUACAGUCAUAAUUGGGUUGCCCUUCGCAAUCGGGUAGUAACAACGUUAAAGGGGGCGGUUGGUCACAUGGUUUGGAAUUAAGGGCGGGGGCUGAACUCAUUGGCUGCUGUUGACGGUGAUAGACCAAUCAGAGUUGCUUUAAAAAAUACUUUUGUUACUUUGACCACACUAACUUUGGCAUAUUAUGACUUAAAACGCUCAAAUUUGGGAAAACACCUCAACAACCAUCAUACAGUUUAUUGGCUUAAUGUUAACGUGAGGCCAUGGAUUGCUUUAUAGCCCCUCCCAACAUCUAUUGCUGUCAAUGGCACUGAAAAAUUAUCAUUCAUUCACUGCCAGUCUUAUCGCUGUUAAUGGUAGUGAAUGAGUUAAAAGUGCUGGAGAUUUGUGUUCCUAAUCAAGUUGUUUACAAGCCGGCUACAAGUCUGUAGACACCCCCCCCAAAAAAAAAAAAAAUCCUCUGGUGGUCCCUUUGCCCGCUCCAAGUAUUAGUCGUGCCUUAUUAGCUUGGUCAGCCCCGGUGGAAGGCGCCCCCACCCUCUCAGACCCCCCUCCCAAUUAGUCACGUUCACGACUUGUAAAUAACUAGCGCUUAGGAGUCAGUGUUACUGCCAUAUUCACGUAGGUUUAUUUUUUCUUGGUUUUCCUACAACCAAGUCAUAACUGAUCCACACACGGCCCCUCCCCCGUUUUCCACUUUCUAUGUUUGUAUGUUAGUUUCGGGGACGGUUGCAGACGGUGUAUAUAAGAAACAAUAUCCAUCAUUUUAUUCAAGCAUGUGCAACAACAGUGAGCUCGGCCCCUUUGCCACAGUGUCACCUAUUUAAAUGUCCGCAAAGUGUGUGUGAGUAGGUGUGGGUGAGUGCGUGUGUGUGUAUAUGUGUGUGUGCGCGCGCGCCAAGCAGGAAGGGAAUUGUUCACGCAUAAUAAAUGUUUUGGUUAAUAAUUGAUUCU